AGCGCUGGGACCUUGCCACCGUGCCCGGAGGCAACAGGACGAGAUUUGCACCAUGCUGGCCCCGCACGCCUUCCGCGCGCUGGGCGCCCGCCGUGUGCUGGCGUCCCAGGCGCGGGCGUUUUGGAAUGUGUCGUUGCCCGUGCUGAAGAGUCCCGGUGGCGCCCAUAUCACCAAGUAUCACAUCGUGAAGCCCUACAAGGAUGGAGUGGACUACGACGACUUUCUGAUUUCCCUGCCGGAGAGGGACCACCUUGCCAGCUUCACCAAGGAGGUGCCGCUCUUCCUGCGAUACCUGAAGGUGGUCACGGACCAGGAGGGCCGUGGGGAGGCCUUCAAGGCCUUCCUGGAGCGCAGCAAGAGCGGCCUCGUGGUGGAGAGCGAUGUCUUCAUCACUACAGAUGAGUUGCUAGCCAUCAUGUGGAAAAACGGCUACUCGGACGCGGAGAGGAAUGCGAUCCAGUUUACCUUCCCAUCGGACUACAAGUUUCACUACCCGGAGCUCUCCGUGAUGUUUGACAUCCCCGAGGAGGAGACUUACAAGUUCUGCAUGCGCACUCGCAUGGAGGACAGUCACAUUGGCGAGCUGGAUCACAGCAAGGUGAAGAGGGAGGGCCUCAUCCGUGACCACUGGCUGAUUUUCGGCACUGGCCUCUUUAUCUUCAAGACCUUCCCCUUCUUCAACUACUACUUCGGUGUGAAGGUCUUUGGUACUUCGAUGUGGUGCUGGACGAUGUGGCACGUGCUGAACCGCUUCAUCGCCAAGACCACGCGCCGGAACGAGUACAUGGCCGCGCAGAAGACGGCGCAGGAGGUCAUGGACGGCGAGGACAAGAUAGUGGAGUCGAUGCGGCGCUUCGCCAACGAUGCCAAGUGCGUGGAGUACUUGAAGACCUUCAAGGACGAUUCCGAGGAGAAGAUCUCGGCCUACCGCAAGGCCUUGGUGGUGAAGAUGAAGGAAGACCUCACAGAGCGCGCCAGCAAGCAGCUCCAGGCCAUCGCCUCCUUUGAGGCGGGCAUGGGCUCCGCCAUGCAAGACCUCGUGGUGCGGGAGGCCGCCUCAUCUUUCAAGGAGAAGUUCCCUACCGACAAGGGCAUGCAGGACAAGGCCUUCGCGGCCGCGGUGAAGGCGCUGAGCGGCGCCACGGUGGAGGCCGCCGAGGACCCGGUGGCGGCGCACUUCAUGGCGGCCUUCGGGUCGCUGCAAGGGGUGGACCUCACCACCAGCAAGGCCGACGCCAAGGGCUCGCUUGCGGAGCGGGUGGCCUUUGCUCAGCAGAGCAAGGAGAAGGAGUUCCAGGAGACCUUCAUGGUCACGGCCAAGGAGGCGGAGGAGGUCCGCUCCCUCGCCAGCAAGGCCAAGAGCGGCCAGGACUACGACUUCUCCAAGCUGCCUGCGGAGGCCUUGCAGAGGCUGGAGGCGCUGUACAGCAGCAUCAACGCCAAGGUGGGCUAUGCCCUCCCCGACUCCAUGGGCCCAAAGCCGAUCGCGGCCACCUCCGAUAGCACGGCGAACUCCUAUGUGGACAAGGUGAACGCUCAGCUGGAGGCGGCCGCCUUGAAGCUGCGGGACGCACGGCUCAAGGCCUUCGUGCAGGCCUUCUGAAGGAAUCAAGGAGCGGAUUUUCGGAGGUGAGCCUAAUGAGGGUGCACCGGGUGACAUGCAAGGGAAGACGGAGCCUGCUUGGAGUGUUGAGAGCCGGGAAAGCCGUGA